AUGCGUCGUGUGGCUCUCGUACGUGCUAUGACCACGUCGGUUAAUAGCUCAUCCUACGCUUCAUCCGACACGUUCUUGCACCGUCAUUUAGGUGUCUCAUCUGAGAAGGAUCGUCAAGCUAUGUUGACUACUGUGGGUUUUGAUACUAUUGAAGCUCUUGUGGCUGCUACCGUACCUAAAGAAAUUCGUUUGACGAAAUCAUUAGACUUACCACCACCUCUUAGUGAGAGUGAAGCCCUAGCUAAACUCAAGGCAAUAGCAGCGAAGAAUCAGACGCUUAAAUCAUUUAUUGGGAUGGGAUUCAAUGACACAUUGACACCUGCUCCUAUCCUACGUCAUAUUCUAGAAAAUCCAGGAUGGUACACAUCCUAUACGCCGUAUCAGGCUGAGGUAUCUCAAGGUCGGCUUAAAAUGCUGCUUAAUUUCCAGACCAUGAUCAUGGACCUUACAGGCCUCGAGUACGCUAAUGCGUCACUACUGGAUGAAGCCACAGCUGCUGCGGAGGCGAUGGCGUUGGCUCAUGGCAACUUUAAUGGUAAGCGCACCAAGUUUUUUGUAGACCAAGAUGCCCAUCCGCAGACCAUUGGCAUGAUGCACACGCGUGCUAAGAAUGUGGGCAUUGAGCUCGUUGUCGGCAAUCCCAAGACCGAUCUUGAUCUGCACGACGAAGAAUACAGCGGAGUGUUGCUGCAGUAUCCGACGACGUUCGGUGCAGUCAACGACUACCGUGAUUUUGUGGACGAAGCACACAAGUCCAAACUUGUUGUGGCUGUUGCCACGGACCCUUUAAGUUUGACAAAGCUGACGCCGCCUGGAGAGUGGGGUGCGGAUAUUGCUCUAGGCUCAGCACAACGCUUUGGUGUACCUAUGAUGUUUGGCGGCCCGCACGCUGCUUUUUUGGCCACAACCAAGAAGUAUCACCGCAAAAUGCCUGGCCGUAUUAUCGGCGUAUCGGUCGACUCCCAUGGCGAGCCUGCUGUACGUAUGGCCAUGCAGACUCGCGAGCAGCAUAUCCGUCGUGAUAAGGCUACUAGCAACAUUUGCACGGCGCAGGCUCUGCUUGCUAACAUGGCAGCUGCUUAUGCUGUCUACCACGGCCCUGAGGGUCUACAUGCUAUCGCAACUCGUGCCAACUUGUAUGCUGCGACGCUGGCUGCUGGACUAGAGAAGUUUGCGCCGAAGUGCCAGUUGCUGAACGAAGCGUUCUUCGACACUCUGGAGGUUGACGUGUCCCAGUCUGGCAAGUCGGCGGCUGACGUGGCCGUUGACGCAACGAAGCGCGGUGUGAACGUGCGUGUGAUUGACGACAAGCGUGUGGGUGUUUCCAUGGGCGAAAGCGUCGACCUGAAGGAUCUGCAAAAGCUGCUUCUAGCGUUCGGCGCAGCUGAGAGCGGCGUACCUAUGGAUCUGAGUGAGGCUCUCGGUGCCCGUGCGAAAGAAAUUCAGGCAAGAAGUAUUCCAGAUGGAUUGCGUCGCACGACGCCAUACCUCGAACAUAGCGUCUUCCACAAAUACCGCUCGGAGACGGAGCUCACCCGCUAUUUGAAGCAACUUGAGGAUAAGGAUUUGGCCCUCAACCGCUCCAUGAUCUCGUUGGGAAGCUGUACCAUGAAGCUCAAUGCUGUGUCUGAGCUGGCCCCCAUUUCAUGGCCCGAGUUCACUAACGUGCAUCCAUUUGUGCCUGAGGACCAGAGCGCUGGUUAUCGCGAGCUCAUUGAGUCGCUGAACCACUCGCUUGCCGUCAUAACGGGCUUUAGUGCCGUGUCAACGCAACCGCAGAGCGGCGCCCAGGGUGAGUACGCUGGUCUUCUGACAAUUCGGAACUACCAGCGGUCGAUUGGUCAGGGACAUCGCAAUGUCUGUCUGAUCCCAGUGUCGGCCCACGGCACAAACCCUGCCAGUGCUGUUAUGGCUGGCAUGAAGGUUGUGGUUGUGAAGUCGGAUGAGAAUGGUAACAUAGAUCGUGAGGACUUGGCUGCUAAGGCUGCGCAGCACUCGGACAAUCUGAGCGCCUUCAUGAUCACGUACCCUUCGACGUUUGGUGUGUUUGAACCGGGUAUCAAGGAUAUGGUAAAUCUCAUUCACUCGCACGGUGCUCAGGUUUACAUGGAUGGCGCUAACAUGAACGCCCAGGUAGCCCUGUGCAACCCGGGCGACAUUGGGGCUGACGUGUGCCACUUAAACCUGCACAAGACAUUUUGUAUCCCUCACGGUGGUGGUGGCCCUGGCGUGGGUUCCAUCGGUGUAGCUGCCCAUCUGGCGCCGUUUCUGCCAGGACAUUCGGUGGUGCCUACUGGCGGCGAGGGCAAGCAUACAGUGAAGAAAACAGAAUCGGCUGUCAGCGGAUCCCCCUUCGGUAGUGCUGGUAUUUUGCCAAUUCCUUGGAUGUACAUUAACAUGCUGGGCGAGGAUGGUCUGAAGCAAGCGACGUCUAUAGCCAUUUUGAAUGCCAAUUACAUGGCAAAGAAGUUGGAGAAUCACUACGAGGUGGUUUUCCGCAGUGUUAAUGGUACAUGUGCGCACGAGUUCAUCAUCGACAUACGCCCGUUCAAGGACUUUGGCAUUGUGGAGGAAGAUGUGGCGAAGCGGCUGCAAGACUUUGGCUUUCACAGCCCCACCAUGUCGUGGCCUGUGUCUGGAACACUUAUGAUCGAGCCUACGGAAAGUGAGAGUAAGGCUGAGAUGGACCGCUUUUGCGAAGCCUUAGCGAUCAUUCGGCGCGAAAUUGAGGACGUCAUCACAGGUGCAAUUGCUGUGGACGAUUCUCCGCUUAAGCACGCACCACACACGGUGGACCAGGUCGCGGCUGGUGUUUGGGAUCGUAAGUACUCGCGGGAGCAGGGGGCAUUCCCUGCCCCGUGGCACCUGGGAGGCAAGAACAAGACCUACUGGCCGUCAGUGGGCCGUGUCGAUAAUGUGCAUGGUGACCGCAACCUCAUGUGCAGUUGUCCACCGCUAUCAGACUACGAGUAA